AUGGACCGCUUCAACUUCUUCACCGGGUCCUCCUCCCGGACCAACAACAACAACAACACCAAUGACACCAACGACACCAUAACCGACAACACCACCACCAACACAGUCACCAUCCGCACCGCCCCCGUCGUUCCCCGAACCUCAGCCUGCAACUCCUCCCUCCGUCCUCCACCAGGCCCCCACCCAGCAACAGUGGAAAAUUACAACCCCUACACCAACAACAACAACAACAACAACAACAACAACAACAACAACCCCUCCCCCUACGGCCUCUCCUACCCAAUCUACCAAUCCUACGACCCCCGCACAACAAACGACGAACACGUCCCCUUAUCCCCCCGUUUCUCCCCCCACUCCGAUCCCGAAUCCGGCCAACACCACCCCCAGCCCCAACAACCCCAGCGGUUGUCCUUCCUCGCCCGGUUCCCCCGCCCCUCAUUCUUUGGUUUGCGCCCCCCAAGCAGCAACUACUCUGGUGCUGGGUUGAGAGGUGCACCGCCCACGGUGAUCAACGGGCAGGAAGCGACGGUGGAGAGCCCAAAGAGCCCGGCCUUCAGGAUCAGGGAGCAGGCGCUGCCGAGCACGAGGUUGCACUUGCCUGGGCUGGAGAGGGUAUGGACUGGGGGGAGCAACGGGCCGCCAACUAGGCCUGGGACGACGACGGCUGGGCAGGAGGAGGUGGCUGAGCCGGAGAGGGCGGUGGCGAGGGGGAGCAAUCGGUCCAGGAGGCAUAGGAGGGAGGGGAGCGGGGGGUCGAGACGGGAAGGCGGGGAGACGAGAGAAGAGAGGAGGCGGCGGAGGAGAGAUAGAGAAACUCGACGACGGAGAACAGAACAGGGAAGUUCAACCAGUAGCGGCAGUCGAACAGGCGGCGGCAGCAGGAGGAAACCCCCCAAGAACUUCCUCUUUUGCUUCCCCUGGAUCAAGUCCAGGCGCAUCCGCACGCAGAUCCUGCGAUGUUUUGUGUCGGGUUUGUUUCUGAUACUCAUCUUGACUGUGUACCUCUCCCUGACCCUCACCAAAAACAUCACCUCGUCCGAGUUCACCAUCUUGCUCAUUCUCAUCAUCUUGUUCAUCACCAUCUUCUUCUGCCACAGCCUCAUCAAGCUCUGCAUGCUGGUGAUCAAGUCACGGAACGGGACACUGCAAAGUAGUAACUCCUCCUCCAGGGAAGGCGGGGUGGUAAGGCCAGAGAUGAUCCAGCAAAUCGCCCCAGGGAGCGGGUACGCCAUCCCACGGGAGCCCAUCAGGGUUGUGCUCGCGAGGGACGAGGAGGCGGUGGGGAUCGAGAGCGAGGCGACAAAGUUGGGCCCCCCCGCGUAUGGACUUUGGAGGGAGAGUGUGAGAGUUGAUCCGGAUAGGUUUUACUGGGCUAGGAACCAGGCUGCUGCUGGGCCGGGGGGUGCCGAGGGUGGGAAUACAAGCGAGGAGACGUUGGACAGCGGUGUCUCUUCUGAUCCGAGCUCGAGGGGCACCGGGGGGGUGAGGAGGCCACCGUCGUAUGCUUCUGAUGAUGGGGUUAGUUAUGUGGUGGAGGCGAGGCCGAGGUCGAUGGUGCCGCCGCCGUUGGGGAGUGAGGAAAAUGCGGCUGGUCUGCAUCCGGCGGAGAGGGAAAGGUUGCAGCAGCAGCGGCCGGCGGUUUGGGUGUAG